UUAGGAUGGGAAGUAAACUUUCAUAUCUAGCAAAGAGGACAAUUUCUUUUGUAACAUUAGUGUCUGCAUUCGUUAUUGCUUGCUCAGAGAAUCAACUGCUACAUGGAGUCAAACCGCUUGGAGCUUUGCUUUUUAUCGCCGGAUGGCUAGCAGCGCUUUUGCUAUUAUGUCACACUGGAGAAAGGCUAAUGAAUUUUACUUUCUCCCUUCGAGAAGACAUAUGUACUUCUGACUGGCACCUAGCUUCUCCUUCGGUACAAAAAGAUGUUGGUUUUAUACUGUUAAGAUGUCAACAACCCCUUUAUCUUAGUGCUUUACCGUUGGGUGCAAUAAACUAUGGAUUGUUUGUAAUGAUGGUAAAGACGUCAUAUUCUUAUUUGACGCUUUUAAAUAACUCGACGUGAAACAAAAGAAGAGAAAAGUGCAGUAAGAAAUGCAUGUAUUACAUUAUUUAAAAA